AUGACCAUGAAUAAAGACUAUGCCAACAUCCUCCCCAGUAACUACUGUUUGCUGAAGGAGGCUGGACGUGGGUGCUUUGGGGUCGUGCUAAAAUGUUUAAAAGUGGACACCGAUGAUAUCGUUGCCAUAAAGGUCCUACGUGAUACCGAGGAGUUUAGAAAUGAGGUAAGUUCAAUGCUUUAGACACUUUUAGUUUUCACAUAAUAGAGAACCAAAAACAGACAGAAACACCUGGUGGGCUCAAACCUCUAUACUUGAGGUUUGUCAUGUCUGUGUUACAGGCAGAAAACACCUUACACAGAUACCACUCUAAGGUCCUAGGUCCUACUCAGAUUUUAACAAUCAGUGUUCUCAGCAAAAAUGCAUCUUUCCUUUUUAUUAUGAAUUUUGUCAUACACACACCUUAUUUUAUUACCAAGAAACAAAGUUAGGAAUAUGUAAACAUCUCAAGAAAUGAGUUUUAACAUUGUGUUUCUCUGUUUCAUCUACAGUAUGAUUUGAUGGAAUUCUUCAAGAGGAACAACUUGGACGAGAAGAACAUCGUCAGGUAUAUUGAGAUGAUUCCACUGAAGGAUAACAUCAAAGGCUUAGUGUUUGAGAUGUUGGAUGAGACUCUUUGGAAACAUAUGACAGUCACCCGUAGCUUUGACCCUCUAAAUCUGGCCAACGUUAGAAGCGUCAUCCAUCAGGUAAGAAAAGAGCAGACCAAUCAAUAACCAGCCGUCACGGCUGCUGAUAGACUGCUCACAGGAAGUGAGACAAAUAAGGAAAAAUCUGCUAUCUCUCUAAUGACCAACAGGUGGCAUUUGGGGAGGUAGUUUUCUAGAUAUUAUUAUUAUUAUUAUUGUUGUCAAAGUUUAAUUUCUUUGCUCUGACUGUGUACUUUGUCUGAUUUGCAGAUGGCUACAGCCUUGGAUGUUCUGAAGACCAACAAAGUGAUCCACUCGGAUAUAAAGCCGGACAACAUCAUGGUGGUGGACUCAGAUGAGGAGCCUCUCCAGGUCAAGCUCAUUGACUUUGGAUUGGCUUUUCCAACCAGCUCUGCGGUGCAGGGCCAACGCAAACAAGUUUUAAACUUCAGGUAAGCUCUAUCCCUCCUGCAAGAUGUGAUAUCUUAGCCUGGCUGAGCCAUCCUGUUGCGCGAAUCACUUGCCGUUCCUUCCCACGACAGUCUGGACCUUGGCCCAUUGGGAGUGUGUAUUUCCAGUCAGGUUAUUUUCUGACCGGGAAUAUAUGCUCCCAGUGGGAAGAAGUCCAGACUGUUGUGGAAAGGAACGGCAAGUGAUUCACACAACAGGAUGGCACAGCAAGGCUAAUGAUAUCUUACUUAGAGAUGAAAAGUUUUCUUAAUUAACGUUCUGAUUUUGUGUCACUUUCAGGGCUCCAGAGAUCAUUUUAGGGCAGCCGUUUUCAGAGGCCAUUGACAUGUGGUCUCUCGGUGUGGUGAUGGCGUUCAUGCUAACUGGAUAUACGCUCUUUCCAGCAAACUUGGAAUAUGAUGCUGUAAGUUUUUGAAAUAUUUCUUUUUCAUUUCAUUUCUUUUCUCCUGUUGGAUUCAGUCUUGCUGGUCAUUUAACAAAGAGACAGUGAACUUCAGUGGUUAAAAGUUGCUUGCAUCUCCUUUAUGAGGCUGUCGGACCAGAUUCACACCUUGAGAGGGAGGACAUAUUAUUUUCAGCAUGCACUUUUGAAAAAAAAUGUCCAGGUUACAAGAAAAAAGUCUAAAUUCAACUUAGAGAAUUAAGUCAAUGGUUGUUUAGUGGUUCAAGAACAUUUUUGCUAUUUUUUUUUUUAAAUUUUAAUUGAUUGAUUUAUUUAACAUGUUGAUGUUAAUCUUUGUUGUUUUGCAGCUGCAUUCCAUGAUCAAGGUCCUCGGUGCUCCUCCAAACCACGUUUUUGAUAACGGGUUGAGAACCAGGAUGUAUUGCAAAAAGACUUCUGGCCAAUGGAGACUGAAGGUAAGAUCCUGAACAGUUUCAUCUUAAAUUUCUACCACAGUUAAGAUUACCUUUUUCUAGAUUUUCCACAUAGUGAUCAAUGAUGGAGAGAUUUCUAAAAAUAAUUCUUUAUCGUUUCAGACCCCUUACGAGUAUGCUCAAACAGACGUUUGGUUUAUUGACUCCUGCCACUGCCCUUUUGAAAGCCUGGACCAGCUGGAAAAAGUAAGUGUUAAAAUCCAGAUAGUUGCAGCUCUAAAUUAAGCUCUUCAAGAACCAGAAAGUUAACUUUUCUCCACUUUGUUUCCUCCAUUAGCUAACCACCCUUGCUGGCGAGGAUGCCAAUGAGAAGAAGGAGUGCAUCAACCUUUUGAAGGCCAUGCUUCAGAUGGAUCCCAGCAAGAGAAUCACCCCAAGCGAAGUCCUCGCCCAUCCAUUUAUCACCAACGCAAAGCAAAGCUCUGAGUAAGUGUCUGUUUAUGCCAUAGACUGCAUAUACAAUGGACAUCAUCUGGCUUCUCGCUAGGUGAAACCUUAGCGAGAACAGAAUCCCCCGGUGACAGGCACAGUCUAGGUCAUGUUGUCCUUACUAUAUACAGACGAUGGUUUUAAAUACAUAUGAACUGAUUUCAUAUAUUACCUUUAGACAGAGAGAUUUAGGAUUAUUAUUGUUUUAAAAGCUGUUAAUAAUCAUCAUUUAAAAAAGCACAAGUUCUACAUAUGUUUAAAAUGAUUUGUAGUUUUUAAAGUUCAUCUUAUACUUCGAUCAAAUGCCUGAUGAAAGUUUAAAUGAACUUUAGCAGGUGUAGGUGAACAAGAGUAAAUGAGAUAAUUAUCAUCACAGAAUUUCAUACCAGAGUUUAGAGUAUUCUGUCAGAACAUGUCAGGUUCAUAUCAAAAGGCAGUAGGCCCGGGACAGAACCUUAUGGUACACCCUUGUGCAUUUCUAGAGUAUAAUCUUCAUAUACCUGUGAUUGACUGCAUAUAAUUUUACCUUCACAGCUCCAGGGGCAGCAGUGGCUUUAAUGAACAGACCCCACGGACACCCUUAUUGACCCUGGUUAAACCUAAUACCCAGACCCCACGGAAACCCCUAAUUAUCCAGGUUAAACCUGAACCCGCUGAACACUCCUCUAUAUCGGAAGAAGACUCAGAGGAAGACUUGGAGCCGAAAAGGAGACCUUGUCUUCCCAGGUAUUUCCAGGAUGAGAGUGACACUGAAGGGGAGACCUCAGAGGACAGGACUGUCACUUCAGGUCGGAAACAACAACUGUAACUUUACAUUGACAUUUUUUUUUCAAACUUUGAAAUAAACAAGAAGUAUGAAGAGUUGUGGCACUAACGCUAAUCUCUGUCUUCCUUUGAUUUUCAUUGUUAAGGUGACCCGGUUCCAGUCGAGAGGAGACAGGUGGAGAAGAAGACCCCACGGAAACCCCUAAUUAUCCAGGUUAAACCUAAACCCCCUGAAUUCUUCAUGAGUUCUCUCUCUAUAUCGGAAGAAGACUCAGAGGAAGACUUGGAGCCGAAAAGGAGACCUUGUCUUCCCAGGUAUUUCCAGGAUGAGAGUGACACUGAGAGGAGACCGGGGGAGAAGAAGGAGAAGAAGAAAGGUCAGAACUGUGUGGUCCGAUUCGGUCGGUGGCUCCGGAAGAAGUCUUGUCGCUUCAGCAACUGCGUUCACUCUGUGAACUGA